UCUGCUGCAGUCGGCUGUGCGGCCCGUCAAUGGGCUGUGAAAGGCAGACCUGAAAGUGACCAGCCAGCCAGAUCGACCUGGGACAGGAGAACCUCCGCAGGCAAACCUGACACACGGUGGGGUCUCAGAAGAUGAGCUUCUACUCUGUUUUGGCCGUACCAGUGGCGGUGGUCAUCAUUGCUGGGGUAUACUACCUGUACAAUGAAGUCACCAGGCUCAUGUCCAAGUCAGCAGUCCGCAACAAAGUGGUUGUCAUCACAGACGCAGUGUCAGGAAUGGGCAAAGAAUGUGCUCGGGUUUUCCACAUGGGAGGCGCUCGGCUCAUACUCUGUGGAAAAGACUGGGACAAGUUACAAGCCCUGCAUGAUGCACUGAGUGACGUCGCUGACCCCAGCGUGAUGUUCAGUCCCAAAUUAAUUCUUCUGGACCUUAGUGACAUCAGUGCCAUCCCGGAUAUCACCAGAGAGAUCUUGGAGUGCUACGGCUGUGUAGACGUGCUGAUCAACAACAGCAGCAUGAAAGUCAAGGCGCCUGUGCAGAAUUUGUCUCUGGAUUUGGACAGGAGGAUCAUGGACGCCAAUUACUUUGGACCGAUUACUUUAACAAAAGGUCUGCUUCCCUCAAUGAUUUCCCGAAGAUCAGGUCACCUCCUGCUGGUAAACAGUAUCCAAGGAAAACUGGCAGUCCCCUUUCGCACAGCCUACGCUGCCUCCAAGCACGCUGCUCAAGCCUUCUUUGACUGCCUGAGAGCUGAAGUACAAGAAUUUGGAAUCUGCGUGAGCACCGUCAGCCCCACCUUCAUCCGCUGCUACGGUCAAGCGCCUGACCCCAGCAACCUUGAGAAGUCCGUCUGGAAAUUCUGUUUCAGAAAACUGGUUCAUGGUGUGCACCCCGUGGAGGUGGCCAACGAGGUCCUUUGGACGGUGAACAGGAAGAAAAAGGAAGUGUUGAUGGCAAACCCCAUCCCUAAGGUGGCCCUGUACGUCAGGUCUCUCUUUCCCGGGCUCUUCUUUGCAGUGGUGGCCGCCGGGGUGAAGGACGUCCCUCUUGUGGUAGAAGAGGAGGCCAAGUAGACCUAUUUGGCUCCAGAAAUGCAGGAGAGGCAUCUUCUCUUAAGGUUUCCUCAUUCCUCUGGUAAAACUCUCUGGGCUUCACCAAGUCCAAGUUGACUGCCACCUGCUGGUAACAGCCAGACAGCAACUUGGAGGGCAACAUGUGCUGACUGGUCUGCCACCCUAAUCAGCGUCUGAGUGCGGCCCACACGGAACCAAUUCAGUUCAAUGUGUUCUUAUUUAGCAGACUUCCAUGAAUAAACCCAGAGAGAUGCAUGCAUAUAUAAAUAAAGUAUGGUUAAUAAAACUGUUUUAUACAGCACCUUCUACAUCUUAA